AUGUCACCUUCAGCCAACGGCAACUCCACCCACAAUGGCAAUGGCAACGCCUCAAGACCGGCUCUUACGCCCGGUCUCUACGUCCCAACAGUAGCCUUCUUCCGCGGAGACGACUCGGUAGACGUAGAGACGACCACGUCCCACGCGAUCCGCCUCGCCAAGGCCGGCGUCGCCGGUCUCGUCACCCACGGCUCCAACGGCGAAGCUGUCCACCUCGACCAUGCCGAAAGACAACUCAUCAACCAGACCACCCGCGCGGCCCUCGACUCCGCCGGCAAGAGCGACCUGCCUCUGAUGGUCGGCUGCGGCGCGCAGUCAACAAGAGAAACCAUCCAGCUUUGCCAAGAGGCUGGCGCCUCUGGCGGCGACUACGCCCUUGUCCUCCCGCCGGCCUACUACGGGGGCCUGCUCUCCACCGAACACAUUCUGCAGCACUUCCGUGAGGUCGCGGAUGCUAGCCCGAUCCCGAUUCUCAUCUACAACUACCCUGGCGCGUGCAGCGGCCUCGAUCUCAACUCGGACACCAUCAUCACGCUGUCGCAACAUCCCAACAUUGUCGGCGUGAAGCUGACCUGUGGCAACACCGGAAAGCUUGCCCGGAUAGCUGCCGCUACUGUGCCUAAGAAGGGAGACACUGGCAACCCAUUCCGAACUUUCGGUGGCAGCGUCGACUUCACUCUGCAGACACUUGUUGUCGGAGGACACGGUAUCAUUGGCGGAACCGGAAACAUUGCACCUCUUGCUUGCGUGAAGUUGAUGAAGCUUUGGGAUGAGGGUAAGCUGGCGGAGGCCAGAGAGCUGCAGGCUGUUGUUGCUCGGGGCGACUGGACAGCUAUCCAAGGCGGCUUUGUUUCUGUCAAGGCUGCGUUGCAGGAGUACUACAACUACGGCGGCCUCCCCAGAAAGCCUUGCGCGCUGCUUGAGGGCGAAAGGCUCACCAAGCAGUUGGACGGUUUCUCCGAGCUCGUCGGCGUUGAGAAGAAGUUGCAACAAUAA